AUGAGUCAAUUCGUGACAACUCGAAUCAGCCAAGAUCCCCAAACGGCCUUUAGCGCCGUGGGGCUCAACUCGCACUUAAACUUUCACGCCGGCAAAAACCCAUAUAAGUGUAAAGAAUGUGAUCAGUGGUUCAGGAGUACUAAUAAUCGAGCUAAACACGUGAAGGGAAAACACAGAAAGGCGGGGCGCUUGUGCGGAUAUCAAGGAUGCAAGGAGACUUAUGCCGAUACGUCAGCUGUUCGGAAACACGUAAAACAGGUGCAUGGUGCUAAGGCGUGGGAAAUGCGGAAAUUAAAGAAAGAGUUAAAGGAGACUGGUGGACGAUGGCAGAAAAAGAUCGAGAACAAGAAGAAGGAUUGUGGCUCAGAAGAUCGAGAAAGCAGCCACGGCCCUGACUCUGGAGGACAUUUACCGGAAAAUCCGGGCCGGGUGGAGACGGUUGGAAUGUACGAUCCAAACCACACUCGAGCUCACAAGAAGUUCAUCCUCAAG